AUGUUCGGUCGCGUCUGUGGUGUCACGUCGCCGGCGGAGGUGUCUGCGCGGGCGUGUGCGGCGGUCAACGGCUGCUUCGCAGGGGAUGACGAUGACUCCGAGAAUGACGAAUUCUUCGAUGCCUUGGAUGAGCCGUACUACGUACCCAGGUCAAACGAGGAGGAGAAUUCUCCGUGGCCAGAUAUCGACGUCGUGCUCGGGAGGGACCAUGUACAAGGUCUCGUCUACAAUGUCCUGGUCCCGUGGCUGAACGGUCUGUUCGGGGACAUCAAGAUCCCCGACAUCGACAUACCCGUCAUCUCGCUCAAGGCCCUGACAAUCGAGCGACUCGCGUUGGACAAUGUUGAGGUGCUGCGUGAGAGGCCCCCCUUCGCACAUCCCGAGCCCGUGGGCCGGCCGGAGCUCGGGGUGACAACCUUGACCCUGCGGGCGGACACCUCUCUACGAGCCAGCCUCCUCGUCGGGAAGACUGGCGGGUCCAAGGUCACAGUCACCCUGAACAACACCAAAGCCCAAGUCAACGUGGAGCUCUUCAAAGACCGUCACAGGUACUACACAGCUGGUGGUACCAACAACCUGCUCAUGGUGAGCGUCACCAAGAUCUACCUCGAGGAUAUCUGGAGCGAACAGACGGCCCGACAUCUGGAGACCGAAUCGACUGGCUGGCUCUCCGCGAGCGUGAACGCAGCCAUCAUUGCCUCCACGACGCUCAUCUACCGACAGCUCCACAGCGGCGUGAACAACUGGGGCUCCAGCGAAGGGGCUGCCCUGAGUCUCACCUGGCCCCUGGACGUUCUGAACGGCUUACCCUUGGGUCCAAGUUCUCCAUGCAUAGGACAGAAAGACCGACUCGACCGUUGCAGGGCGAAGCUUCGCAUCGGCGUCCCAGUGUUCGAUUUCAACGAGAACAUGGAGUUACACUUGGUGCUGGAGGUCAGUCCGUUUGUGGAGCGCACCCGCAUUGCCCCGACCAUUGCUGGAUCGACGCACCUGGCCGCAUUCGUAGGAAAACCCAUGCUCUACCAGAGCGUGGACGGUCGAGGGGCAAACAUGACGUACAGCGAUGCCUUGGAUCUGUGCAUCCACGACGAGGGGGAAUGCGAGUCUGUUUGGGCCGACAUUCGGAGCAAUGGCAGGCUGGAGUAUCGGAUUGGUCGCACCCGCUACCCCGUGCCCGACUCGGAGGAGCAUUGGCACGACUGCGGGAACCUAGGGGAAGAUUGCGAAUUUGGGAAUUGGCAUAUUCUAUGUUUCAGAGGUCUUGCACACAUGUGCUAUCUAUGCUAUCGAAGACGCCUUCUGCGAAUCACCGCCGCCCCCUGCCUUUCUUGA